UUUUGGUGGGGUUUCAGUGCAGUGUUGACAUCUGGAAGCGGCGCAGAAUAUUUUUGAAAAAUAACAUUUUGAAACUUGACAAAACUGUUCUAAUCAUUUAAACAAAAUGUUGUCUACUUCAAGAAUACAGAAUGAAAAUGAAAUUGCUACAAGCAUGAACAAACUGAAGGUUUCUCAGGAAAACAAGGCACCAAAGCAAAAAGUACUUGGAGAAAUAACAAACCUACAGAAAACAGUUACGCCAACAGCCAAAUCAGAGAUUAAAUCCGUAAAAAAGGUCCAAGAAGAGCCACUAUUGAAGGAUAAUCCCCGUCGAUUUGUAGUUCUCCCAAUCCAGUAUCAUGACAUAUGGCAGAUGUACAAGAAAGCUGAGGCAUCUUUCUGGACAGCGGAGGAGGUGGAUCUCUCUAAGGAUCAGGCGCAUUGGGAUGCCCUGAAGGAUGAUGAGAGGCACUUCAUCUCGCACGUCCUCGCUUUCUUUGCUGCCAGUGAUGGCAUUGUCAAUGAAAACCUGGUUGAGCGAUUCAGUAAAGAGGUCCAGGUAACUGAAGCUCGGUGUUUCUACGGCUUUCAAAUUGCCAUGGAGAACAUUCAUUCAGAAAUGUACAGUCUUCUCAUUGACACAUACAUCAAAGACCACAAACAGAGGGAAUUCCUCUUCAAUGCCAUAGAGACAAUGCCAUGUGUGAAAGAGAAGGCUGAUUGGGCAAUGCGAUGGAUCAAUGAUGAAGAGUCCACUUAUGGGGAGCGAGUGGUGGCGUUUGCCGCAGUGGAAGGAAUAUUUUUUUCAGGUUCAUUUGCAGCCAUCUUCUGGCUGAAGAAGCGGGGAGUGAUGCCAGGACUAACAUUCAGCAAUGAAUUGAUCUCUAGAGAUGAGGGUUUACACUGUGAUUUUGCCUGUCUGAUGUUUAACCAUCUGGUCAACAAGCCAAGUUGCGAGAGGGUCCAACAGAUAAUCAAUGAGGCUGUCAAGAUAGAGCAGAAUUUCCUAACAGAAGCCCUACCAUGCCGCUUAAUUGGCAUGAACGGUGAUCUCAUGAAGCAGUACAUUGAGUUUGUAGCUGACAGACUGUUGGUAGAGCUCAAAUGCGAAAAGCUGUACAACAAGGAGAAUCCGUUUGACUUCAUGGAGCUGAUCUCACUUGAGGGAAAGACAAACUUCUUUGAGAAACGAGUAGGCGAGUACCAGAAGAUGGGGAUCAUGUCAGGGUCGAAGGCGGAAUCCAGCGGACGACACGAGUUCACUUUAGAUGAAGACUUCUAGAAACUUUACCCAUCGUUUUACCUACAAUAGUGCCAAGUACAACACAACAAAAGAAUCACACCUGUUGUACAUCAGUAAUCCAAUUAUUUGCAUAACAUCAUGAUCAAGAAUUGUUCAUGUGCAAUGAGACCUAAAUUUACUCAUGAAGUAGAUCAAAGAUUGUUUUCUGUGCAAUAUCACAUAACAUUGCAUCAUUUUAUCCCAAAUGUAUUUUAAAUGUAUGUUAUGGUUUGCCAUUUUAAUAGAAUUUCCGGUUUAUUCAUAUUUUAGUAAUUUUACGUAUUUAUUUUAGCUUUUAGUUCAAUUUAAUUUCAUAGUUUUAUUCAAGGAAUGAAUAUCUCAAUAUUGUGAUUUAACCGGUUAUUGAAUAUGCAUGUUUUAAUGCGGGUACAUGUUCAUAUUUAUUAAUUGUGAGAAUGUGUAACUUUUAUCAAUUGUCUUAUGUCUUUAAUAAACAUGCUUAUAUGUAAUUUGUGG